UCUUGGACUACAGUGACCCUGAGCAGUUUGCGAUGGCCGCAACUCUCCAACACUGCGAGGUGCCUUUCAAGGUGGUUGGUUAUCCUGAAGCCGAGGCGGCGUCCAAGAAAUGGACGGACGAAUACCUCCUGGACAGGAUGCAACGGUGCCCGCGGUGCAAUGUCAUGAAAUCAGUGUCGAAUCGUUUCAUGUUCUGGCACAAAAAGGGGGGAAAGCACGACGAGUCGUGGAAACCGCCAACCCAACCGCAAUACAUGCCCUUCGAAAAGUGGCUCAAUUGGACGCAGGAGGCUGAGGCCAACAGGAUCGGCCCUGAGGAUGUGCACUACUAUCUCACCGUGGGCGUAAGCCCGUCCACGAAGACACCGCCGGACACUGGGGACUUCGUGGCUGACGACUUACCCUUCUUCAGCACGAGAACCAACAACUUCUUCAUCCCUGAUGCGAAUCGGGGUGUCAAUCACCAGAAGGGUAUCCAAUGCCGCUUUGGGGCGAGGGGGAUUAUCGCCGAGAGCCACUUCGACCAUGGAAAAAACUUCGUGGCUAUGCUUAGGGGCCGCAAGCGUUACCUCUUGAACCCUCCCCGUGCGUGUCCGUCUCUGGGCAUCAUCACCGAGAGAGCUCACCCGUCGUUCCGACACUCGGACAUCGAUUGGUCAGACGAAUCUGAUUGGCCGGAGGGUUUCGCCGACGCUCCGGCUCUUGAGACCGUCCUGGAGGCUGGCGAGCUGCUGUACAUCCCCAGUUUCUGGUACCACUACAUCGUCUCUGAAGGGUUCAAUGUACAGUGCAAUGCAAGGUCUGGGCUAUCGCUGAGAAAGCAAUGGGUGGACGAAACAGAGAGUUGCAUGGGGCGGGAACUGAACCCCGACAAAGCGGUGGACCUGUUGAGGCCUUCCAAGAACAAAGGGGGCGGUGGCAUAGAGGGAAUGGCUGCAAGACGAGGAAGGGGUGGACGGGGGAAGGGUCCGGGACACCGAGAGCGGGCCGAGAAGAGAGGGCAGCGAUCACACCACCCAUAGCCGGAGGUAGAGGCCCUUUCUCUCCCUGGCCCUCGGCGGGAAAUGGCGGGAUCUGGUACGCUUUGGGAAGGUGGCUCGUCGCGGUAUUGUUGGGACGAUGAUGGGGGUCGUUUCCAAAAAUUGGGGUUUUCUGGCGUCAGUGAGGGCUGCUUCCGCCGGGGUGAUCGGGUGGACGGGGAACGGGCGGCAAUGUCCGAUGCUUUCGGUGUGCCGAAAAACAGGUUCAAGGUAGUCAUUGAGCAAUCGAUAUCACGGUGCGGUGCCUAUCAGGGAGGUACCUCAUGCGAUGGAGGGCGAUAGGAGAAGGGGGGGGGGGGCCCGGGCGGGGACUUCAGACUGGGCGCUCCAUCUGUGCUGUGCGGGAGUACUACAUGUGCAUCGGCAGGGAAUCCGUCCGUUUCUCUUGUGAAGAAUUCUUUGGUCGACAGGAUUUAAUCUGGUGCCAUUACGAACGUGUGUGAGCGCCCGUCUUCUCCCCCCUGGGGCGUGCGAUCUCGCUUGCAGUUUCUGCUCUAGGUCGUGCAUGUAGGGCGUACAAAAGGUGCGUCUGGACGAAAUGGGUUCUUGGGUGCUUGAACACGCGAGGUGACGGCUCUUGCCGGAACAGCGAACACCGCACGGUUCUAAGCUACGGGCUUGGGGCAUCGACCCGCGGUCUGUGUUGAAGUGUCUAUGGUAAAUGCACAAGGGCGAGCAAACAAAUGUGCCCCAGGUGCUACCCCCCCCCC